GCGCGGCGCAGUAGAAUCGGGCGCGCGCAUGUCAGGAAGGCGCAGUUUACUGUAGACGCUUCAGCUAUUGUACGGGCAAACUUCAUCUGUAGGAUCACUCAAGAUGGACGCGUGCGCACAGAUGUGUAAAUGUUUCCUGAUCUUGUUUAACAUUGUGUUCGCAUUGUUGGGUUUCGGGAUGGUCAGUCUGGGUCUCUGGUUGAGGUUCGGUGCUGAAACAAAAGGAUUUUUUGACAUUGAUCUGAACACUGCACAGUUUACUAUCGGUGUAAUUGUGUUGAUGGUCACUGGCGCAUUGAUGUUAGUGGUUGCUGUGAUUGGUAAUUGUGGAGCGUGUUGCGGGAGUAAAUCAGCUCUUGGUGCGUUCUCUUGUCUGGUGACUGUACUGAUGACUGUUGAAAUAACAGCAGGUGUGAUGGCCUUCAUCUGGAGUAAAUCGGUCUCAGAGGAGUUGGCCAAUUUCUACAUCACAAUCUACACUCAGUAUCUCAACACCCAGGCUGCAGGUCAAGCUGUUACCCUCAAAUUCUUAAGCAAUGCUUUUGACUGUUGUGGUAUUGGAGGAGCCAUUGAGGUGUUGGCACGAGACACGUGUCCUGAAGGCAGCUUAAUCCAGCAGAUCACAUACUCUAGUUGUCCCGAUGUGAUUAAGGGUAUGUUUCAGACGAAAGCUCCACUGGUUUUGGGUGGUUUUCUUGGAACGGCUGGAAUCAUGUUGGUGGCGCUGGUGUGCAGCAUUGUCAUCAGAAGACAAAACUCACCAUCUCACAUGUCUCCACCAGCAUACGUGCUCCUCACGUCUCCAGAUUCUGUGCCGUACCCUUCACCAGAUUACCAUCAGCAGCACAUCUAACUUGCUUCUCUCUCUCUCUCUCUCUCUCUCUCUCGGUCUGUCUGUCCCUUUUUCUCGCUCUCUCUUUCUUGGUCUGUCUCGGUCUGUCUCUCUCUCUCUCUUGCAGCUGGUGGCGCUGGUGUGCAGUUGUAUUCUGAGCAACAGUUUAAAGACGUCUCUGCCCAUUUACUGAGAGACAACCCAUCUGUCUGAGUCUGUUGAAAGUAAACUGCUCAAUAUUGUUACAUUUUAUUAAAAUGUUUUCAUGUAUUGUUUGGUCAUUUGAUUUCAAUGUUUAACUCUGUUUUGUGUUACUCUCGACUAUAAUACAUUAAAGACACUUUAAAAAGCA